GAGGAGCAGCUCGGAGUGAGCGGCAGCGCUGAAAGCCACAUUGAGUGGGAAGUAAUAACGGCGGGCUGAACGGGAGGUGCAGCCCUACUCCACCGGAAUGAACCGACCCUGUCUGCGCCUGCGCACUGCCACCUUCAUUCAUCUGUAGGGAUUUCUCCCUGUUUCUUGUCUCGUGCGAGAGAAGAGAAACCAGCAGGCGGCUCCGGGCUCGCGCUCGCUGCCCCGGUUGUCAAGGCACUAGUUCUCCUCGUUGCGGCUUGACGGUGACAGCUCAGAUCGACUCUCUCAUUUGUCAGAUUGAGCUCGGAUAUUUGCCUCUUUGGAUUUCUGUGUUUUGGUGGCAGUGACGGACUCUCAACAGCUUAUUACUAACGCCAGAGUAAAGGGACAGAGAGUGAUUGCAGGUGUAGACAGGGCAUCUAUUCGCCUCCUAAUGAUGAUGGAUGGCAGGACUGCAGAGAGCGAGAACAGAGAGAAAAGUGGAGCGAUGCAGUGAGAUAAAGAAAUAGCAGAGUACUGAACCCUGCCUGCUCUGACACCGUGACUCCAGACAGACACAGUGGCUGACAGACACCGAAAAAAAGUGGGCAGAUAAACAGAUAGGAGGCCAGAGGGAGAAGUACAACCUCUCGUAGAGUUGUGGCCAGAGUGACAGAGGAGCACAUGAGGAGCGGAAACAGUGUGACAGCAACAUCCUGACCGGUAACCUUGCUUCUGCAUUCCCCACCGCACGCCCAGCAACUCCAGAAGCGGGCGUCAGAAGGAAGAAAACGAAAGAAACGUGCGACCUCUCCUCCUGCAGGCAUGAGGUCCUUCCGCUCCUUCAGUAACGAUGACCGCCACGUCAUGGCGAAACACUCCACCAUCUACCCCUCCUCUCAGGAGCUGGAAGCCGUUCAGACGCUGGUGUCCACUGUCGAGUGCGCCCUCAAACACGUCUCUGAUUGGCUGGAUCAGAGCAGCAGCGACAUCAACAGCCAGGUUGACAGCCAACCAGCAGACAGCACAGAGGAGGAUGAUCCUGGAGAUGAGCCCAGUGAGAAAACUGAGGAUUCCAUUGACAGCUACAGAGAGCCCAGCAGUGGUGGCGUGCUGUGUGGAGUGAUGAGGAUCGGCCUGGUGGCCAAAGGCCUUCUGAUCAAAGGCGACAUGGACCUGGAGCUCGUGCUGAUAUGUAGAGACAAACCCACACAGACACUGCUGGACACUGUCUGUCACAAUUUACCCACACAGAUAGAGAAGCUGACAGAAGAGAAAUAUGAGGUCACAAGCUCCUUGCCCGAGGCAGCCAUCUUGGUACAAACUACAACAGAGCCCAAACUCACACUGACGAUUACCCUCACCUCACCGGCCAUGAGAGAAGAUGAGGAAGAAGAGGAGGAGGAAGAGGAGGAGUUGGAGAAUGGGGAGGAAGGAGAAGAGGAGGAGGGCGUGGAAGUGGAGGAAGAAGAGGAGGAGCAGGAGAAGAACAAUGGGCAAGUGUUGGGUGCUGCUGCGCAGAGAGUGGAUGCUGUGGAGGAGGAGGGGGAGGUGCUGGAUAGACACAGAUGUCUGUUGGCCCUGGCAGCGCUGAGACACGCCAAGUGGUUCCAGGCUCGAGUGAACGGGCUCAAGUCCUGCGUUAUUGUUCUCAGGAUACUUAGAGACAUGUGCAAUAGACACCCCGCCUGGGAACCUCUCAAGGGAUGGCCCUUAGAGCUUAUCUGCGAGAAGGCUAUUGCCACCUGCAACAGACCUCUCGGGGCUGGAGAAGCCCUGCGUCGAGUCAUGGAGUGUCUGGCCUCAGGCAUACUGCUACCAGGUGGUCCAGGUUUACACGACCCAUGUGAGAAAGAGCCAACAAACACACUAGCCAACAUGACCGACCAGCAGGCUGAGGCCAUUACCUACAGCGCGCAGCGUGCUCUCAGACUCAUGGCAUUCGGACAGAUCUACAAGGUGUUGGAGAUGGAGCCUCUUCCCUCAAAUAAACCAUCACAGAAAUACCCUUGGUCUGAUAAAGAAGGCUUAGGUCUGAAGAGGCCAUACGAUGAUGGACCGAUGGAUGACAAGGAUCUCAUCAAGAAGAUGAAGAGGAAUCUGAGGAAAGUCCUAGAUAGUAAAGCCAUAGACUCCAACCAGCCAAUGAACGCCCUGAUGCGGUUGAACCAGAUCCGGCCAGGCCUGCAGUAUCGCUUGCUGUCCCAGUCGGGCCCAGUUCACGCUCCGGUCUUCACCAUGUCUGUGGAUCUGGAUGGAACCAUUUACGAAGCAUCUGGCUCCUCCAAGAAGACCGCAAAGCUCCACGUCGCAGUCAAGGUUCUCCAGGCGAUGGGAUACCCAACAGGUUUUGAUACAGACCUGGACCCCAUGAGUUCAGACGAGAAGUCAGACGGUGAAGGGAAGAGCGAGACGUCAUCACACACUAGCAAUAACCCAACACACUCCACGGACAAUUCCAACACACUGGAGGUGCGAACUCAGGGUCCCAUACUAACAGCGAGUGGGAAGAACCCCGUCAUGGAGCUAAACGAAAAGAGACGAGGCCUCAAAUAUGAACUCAUCUCUGAAAGUGGAGGCAGCCACGACAAACGCUUUGUUAUGGAGGUGGAGGUCGAUGGGCAGAAGUUUCGUGGGGCAGGCCCCAACAAAAAAGUAGCAAAGGCCAGUGCUGCUCUAGCAGCUCUGGAAAAACUCUUCUCUGGUCCCAACGCAGCUGCAAACAAGAAAAAGAAGAUACUGCCUCAGACUAAAGGAGCCCUGGCCGUGGCAGCAGCAGCCUCAGCAGUAGCAGCUCAGGUAGCCAGAGGAAGAGGAAGAGCAGCCCUCGCAAGAGGAGCCUUCGUCAGCGCAGCCGCACCUGGAUAUGUCACACCAGGCUUUGGGACACCGUAUGGCUACAGCCCAGCUGCAGCAGCUGCUCCUGCAUACGGUGGUCUUUUCAUUGACAAUCCCUUCUACCAGCCUCGGACCAUCGCACCUUUUAUCAUUCAUCUGGGUCCCCAGGAUCUCUUCUCUGACUUCUAGAGGCAGCAGGUUGUUGGAUAGGCUCUUCACACUUACCUGUCUGUAUACGCAGGACACCUGUUUUUCUGUCCGUCUAAGUGGGCUGCCUUUCUAUCCAGGUGGCGCACUCACAGAUCCAGAACUGAUCAGUCCGCUGGGAAAACUUUCUGCCCCGCAGCAGCGGCAGAUCUGACCUACUGACCGAGAGGCUCAAAGCUCCUCUCUCUGUUUCCUCUACUCUCCGCCCAGAUUAUCACUUCAGAGCAGAGUAACUUUACACAAAGCAAUACUCGGAUUUCUGAGAGAACCGUUCAGCUGCGACUGUGCGAGGCUGGGCUGAACGUUGGUCUUUCUUAUAGCAAUACACCUGAACUCCUCUCUUUGAGCUUACUUACUUGAGAAGAUGUGAAUGUCCGAUGGAGUUUUACCCAACACAGCAUUGCAAUAGCUCAUUUUGAUUGUAUAUUCAUUGUAUGUGUGUGUAUGUGUGGCUAUAACAUGACUAUAUACACAUAUAUGUAUGGUGUAUGUUUCUAUAACGAUGUGUUGAAAAUAAUAUUACUAUAUGAUGAUGUAUUUAUGUAAAUAUUCUAUAAAAUAUAAUUAUUGUUGGUAUAAAAUAUUUUAGAAUUAUAAAGUGAAAUGUAACUGUAAUAUCACAGUAUAGCUUUCUUCCAAUUUUAUAUACACUGAGCAAUUGAAGCUAGUUCUAGGAGAUGCAAUAUUAUCUUUGGUAUUCCUAUUAACCUGUGCUGUUAGAAUAAUAAUGCUUCCUUCUUUCCUUCCUUCAAACUUUUCCUCUGUCUUUGAUGUCUUUCUGAGCCUUUCUGAGUACGCUCUCUGCUGCCCGAGGUUUGUUUACAUGGCCCGGACCAGAGGUGCCUACUACUGAACACACUCAUAACCUAAUCACACCUGCACACACACACACACACACACACACUCACACACACUUUUCCUGUCAAAAAGCACAUUUUCUAUAGUCUCACUGCUGGCAGGGAAUACUGUUGUUACAAAAACAGUACUGUAUGUUCAUAGUAUGUGUAUACUCUGAUGUACGCGCUCCUUCCUCUACCAUCUACACGUGUUAAUGGACACACCCAUCAACACUCGUCACCUCUGUCCCGCUUGCCUUAGGGACCAAAAGCACAGCUCACUCUCACCCAUUAUUACUCCUUCUUUCUGAAAACACACACAUUCACACACACACCCUUCCCUCCAACCUCCUAUGGCAAUUCUCUACUGUAUGGACGCGAUGCUGCUGGUGGCAGAAACAGCUUUGUCAAAGGGCCUUCUAACACAAUGGGAAAGACACAGCACAAACUAUUGGCUAACUAAUUAAAGGUGGAGCCCGGCGAAAAUCUUCAAAAGUGGGACCUUGAAUUGGAUUUAUAUGAUCCUGCCUGCGCACCAACAUCAUCAUUUGCUGAUCUCGGAUCAGUACUCUGCAUUGGGAGAGACAACAUUUCCACCAAGACACACAUUUGAGGAAGCAAAAUUAGCUUUUGAGAUUAGAUAUUGACUUUGUAUUUUGAGACAGAAGAUGGGUCUUUUUUAAAGACAUUUAUGUAGAUAAUCAUUAGACUGAGAGCAGAGAUAUUCAAUCAAACUCUAAAGUGCUUUAUUCACAUAGUAUGUUGAGUCUAAUUUUGGGGUAUUGUUGGAACCGGACAGGUGUCACAACACAGUACACACUGAGAUAGCAGUCACACUCAGCAUUGUGUGAGAUUUCUGCAUAUUUCUGUGGUGCUUACAUGCUUCUGAAAGCUCUUCAUCAGUUAUUUAUUUAUUUUUUUAUCCUUUAAUAGAGAUGAGAUGUAAGUCAGCAGAAGCAGAAUCAAACAGAAUGUGCAUCAAAAAGGCUUUGAUUCUCCUCAUGCUCGCCUUGAUCUGGGCACCAGUUUGAUCUCCUGUGUUAGUGCCAGCUUUGAUUCAACAAAAACAGCGCCUGAGAAAGCGACAAUAAACUCACUAAGGCCCCAGAGCCCGUUUUUUUAAGACAAUAAGUCAAAUAAGAUUUUUUUGACACCACUGAGCAGACAGUUAAGAGAAUUUGGCAGUUUGACUGAAGAUGGUACAAAAUUAUGCCACCAAGCUGUGAGAUUGGAGGUAAACUGAAACAUGUACUUAUUUUCUAGCUUUGUGUCUUAAAGCAAUGAGGUCAGGCUAACAAGCUUUUGGUCAUAAUUUAGUUUGCUGGUUUCUCAACUUCAACAAUUGGACUUAGCUAUACAGUGUGCUCUAUGUCCACUGCCCAGGGGAUAUUCAUCUAUAAAGUCUGUAUUAUAUAGUCAUAAAACCUUUAUAAAUUAGAAAUUUAACUGGUAAUGACCUGUAAUGACACCCAGGCUGCCACUUCAGUGUCCUGGAAAUUGAAACUUUACAGAUGUUUCAUCUGCUAAUCUUUGUUUCCAUAUGAGAACCUUAUCUGGCUAGGAUUUACAGUAGAGAGGAGAGUAAAUUAGUGCCAGGAUAAUCUUACUUCUUUGACGUGCAGCAGCAUUAAGAUACUAAGAUGUCUCGUAGAAACUAGAUCCUGCUUCUUAAAAAAUCACCUCCUGUGUAAUAACAUGUUACCCAUGUUUAUUGACUGUGCAUCUUUGCAGUGCGUGUCUGUUUUUGCUGUGGGGUUUGCAGCAUAGCUAUUCUAAACUUUUUGCUCUGAUUUUCCUUCAACUCUUCUAGUCAUCUCAUCUCUAGGUCUGGGCACUGCUUUGCCCUGACUUUUCAUCCUCAUGUGGAAUUCACGUGGAGGUGAAUAACUUCUCCUGAUUUCCCCUCUGCCCCCGUCCUCUCUGUCCAGAUGGCCCACAUUAAUAAGGCAGACAGUCAUACCUCAGUGAGCAACCUUUUCAUUUCCCCUCAGACACACAGGAGGAGUCACCCUGACUACUGACCCUGUCCUCUUGGUCUGUUGGCUGGACGACAGCGUACAGAGGAAGGGUGGCAGAGUGAGAGCUCAGGGAAACACAGUCAGUCUAAAACUGGCACAGGCGGUCUGGUGGGACUGUACAGUCUGGGGGGUUGUUGCCUCCUGGUUAGGCAGAGGUCCCACAUGUGUGUUUCUUGUUCGGGUUUACAGCGAAAUGUUUACCACUAUCUGAAAGCCCCAUGUUUCUUAGAAAUGUAACAACAAGAUUAGAUGCAAAAGAGGAAUCAGCCUGAGGUUUGAUUUAAAUAAUAUACUCCAAGUAUCCAAGUUGUUUGUGGUCUAAUAGGGAUUAUUGCAGGGAAAAGAAACAAAUGAUCCCAUUUUCUUGUUAUUUAAAAGUAUGUAUUUGGUGAUGAUUUAGAGAAAGCAUGACAAACAAAAAGGAGAAUGAAACGAAUGCUGCUCUUUUCACAAUCCAUAUUCAGUGCAGGCUCGGCAUCGGUUUCCCAUACUGCUGCACCAUCAGGAAGAUGACAAUACCAGCCGUACUCCACUAUGAAAUGUCUCAGAAUAGAAAACAUUACUGUGACACGUUUUUGUUUUUUGUUUUUUUUCCUUAAGAAACAUGCUCAGAGUAGCCGUGUUUGAAGGCUUGGACAGUAAUGUCCAUGUGAAUAACUUUUCUAAAGAGUAAUGGUUGUUUGCGCUGGACUCGGGUCACCUCGAGUUUUCUGAUGGAUGUUCUUCCUGCUCCAGUGUUCCCCAGAAAUGUCUCUAAGAAAUCACAAACAAACAGGAAAACAGUGGCAGCCAUUGUAAACACACACACAUCCCCUCCCUGCCCAAACGCUGCCUCUUAAUGGGCGUUCAACAACUACACCUGUAAAUCUAAGAAGCACAAAACACACACGAGCAAUACGCCCACACAUCGUUCUCAGGGCCACCUGACACACACACACACACACACACACACACAAGCACACGUAAUAAUUUAUGUAAAUAUUUCAGCAUUCGACAAUAACAGCUGAGCACAUUGAGACAGCAUGACAUUCUUUGCUCUGUGGUUUGUAUAAUACACAUAAGAUUGUACUGUAUGUAGGGAGAGUUACACAAGUGGUUAGGCCUUGUUUGUACUUUAGGAUUUGAGCCAUGUAUAGCUGAGAAAACACACCACCAUCUCCCCCAUUUGUUAUCUUGGUGCUGUAUAAGGGGCUGUCUGUAGCACUGUACAUAAGUUUGCUUUUUGGAUGAACAGCAGUUACCUGUUGGUCCAAAAAGCAAACUACAACUCGAGCUUUGCUGUCAGGAGAAAAGAGGGAGGAGUGCUGUCAUCAAAAACUUUUUUGGCACCAAAUGCAGGAGCUUUGCGUGUUUUAGAUGCUGCAAUAUGUUCAGUGGUUAAAGGGUUCUGAGUGCUUUCGUUGCCAAGCAACGUCAGGUUUUUGGACUUUCUAUUUGGAGACCGUUUGAGCCCGGUUUCCCUAAGGCACCUCUUCAUCCCCCUGCCAGGUCAAAGGUCAAAAAGGAGAGCGAAUGAUGCAGAGAUGCUUUUGGGAAACAGGCUCUGGUUUGUUCUGCGGGAUGGGAUUCAUCCAGACACCGAAGACUCUGAGGGCUUUGUUGCACAAGUCUGAUCAUCCCUGCAGUCUCAGAAGUGAGAAACCAUACGGUAUGUGAUCUGAUAUUCACCGUCUAGACAGUUAUGAAAUGUCAGGUAAAAUCUCUCCUGAGUGUAAAUCCAGCCUCUGAAGGAAAACUGUGUCUUGCUCAUUCUUGCAUUAGCACAGAAAGUUAGGGUUGAAACCUGGGAGUCGUGCUAAAUAUGUCUGGAAGCAGAGGGAGAAGAGCCGUAGAAAGUCCAUCCGCGGGUCGUUCUGAACUCUGCAGAGCAACAGAAAUAGAUCCGGGAUCACGUUUGGACUGCCGAGGCAAAGUUAACCCGACUAACUGCUGAACGGCUCCUUUUCUCCGGGUGUGUGUGCAUGUGUGUCGUGGGGGAAAUAUGUGUUUGUGUGUUCGUCUGGGAAGCACAACCGGAAGGGAUGGGAAGCUAUUUGACAUGCAUAUGCACACACACACACACAUACACACGAUAUUGCAGUCACAUUGAGCAUGUUGUUGCAUACUUCCUGGUCAUGGUCACUUUAAGUCCAAUAUCCUCCUGAUAAAUGAUCAAAGCAUUUUGGUUGGGAAUGUACACUCUUGUUAUAGUGAUUGUAGAGUAGAAUGUAUUUACUCAUAGAAAGAGUAAACUUGCUUUUUUGUAGAGAAGCAUAUAUACAGAAUAUAUAUGGAUACAUACAUAUAUAUACAUCUAUAUAUAUAUCUUUUGAACUACUUGUGUGUGAGUUGUUUUGGGCGCAUCCACCCUGUUAGGAUUCAUUCUUUCCCCUUUUUCACUUUUAAUUUAUAAUGUUUUGACAAAAAUAGCGUCUUAUGAGUGAUGAGUGUUUACUUUUUCCUGUAAAUAUAAGUUUUUUUAUUUUAUUUUUGACAAAAAGGGGAUUAAAAGAAACAGUUUUACGAUGCUGCCUGUGAAACUAUGAAGUGAUAUCUGUCCACAGAAUCUGUUUGAUCCUUGAAAUUAUCAAAGUAAGGCCAAUGACAAUGAAUGAGCGGGGUCAUUUGAAUUCACUGUAUUGAUGGUUUUGAUUAGUAGCAACAUUCACAGCAGUGAUGAUCUAUGGUUGUCACUGUUUUUGACAUAAUCUAUGCUUGACGAACUGCAAAUAAAUCGGAGAAAGUGCUGAA